AUGGGCAGGUCGUCUGGGGUGGGCCUGGGACCUGCGUUUCUCACACUCCAGGUCCUCAGCUUCCCAGAUGGCAUCCUGUCCUUCUUGAAGAACAACAAGCCAGAUGACGCCCUGUGCGUGCUGGGCCUCACGCUGUCUGACCUGUACCCGCGCGAGACCUGGAGCUUCACCUUCAGCAAGUUCCUGCCGGGGCAUGAUGUGGGCGUCUGCAGCUUCGCCCGGUUCUCAGGGGAAUUCUCGCAGGUGGGGCCCAGUGCCCUUGAUCCAGCUCUGCUUGAGGUGGCAGCAAAUGGCCCCGAGACCCCUCUCCGGGACGGAGGCAGGAGCCAGUGCUUCAGCGCCCUGGGGGUGGUACAGUGCUGCAAGGUCACAUGCCACGAGCUCUGUCACCUCCUGGGCCUGGGGAACUGCCGCUGGCUCCGCUGCCUCAUGCAAGGUGCGCUCAGCCUGGAUGAGGCCCUGAGGCGGCCCCUGGACCUCUGCCCCAUCUGCCUGCAGAAGCUGCAGCACAUCCUGGGUUUCCGGCUCGCUGACAGGUACAAGAGACUCCACGCCUGGACGCAGGCAGCAGCGGGCUCGUGGCCCUGCCCGGAAGCUGGAGAGCCGUCUGUCUCGGAGGACACCCCGCCCUUCAGCGCAGACUCUGGCAUGUGCUGUGAGAGCGACUCCGAGCCCGUCACCAGCCCGUCAGAGCCCCUCACGCCUGAUGCAUGGAGUCAUGCCUUCCCUGAGGGGCCUGAGGAUGGGCAGAGCUCCCUGGUGGCCUCGGAGGCUCUGCCGAAGCUGGGGGGCUCUGUGGAGGCCAUCGAGGAGCACAGACGGUGGCUGGCCACGUGCAUCCAGGCCCUGGAACGGGACGUGGCCGAGGAGGAGCUGGUGCAGGUGGACAGGGCGGUGGAUGCCCUGGACCGGUGGGAGAUGUUCACAGGGCAGCUCCCGGUGACCAGGCAAGACCUGCCCUGUGGCAGGGACAAUGCAGGGCUGUGCAAGGCCCUGGGGGACAAGCUCUCCUCCCUGAGGCGGCGGCUGAGCACACACAGAGUCUCCAGGGCCGAGUCUUCCCCCUGCCGCUGGGACGGGGAGAGUUAGUGCGGCAAGAUGGCCCGUCCAGUGCAGGAAGGUCAGCGCCUGGCAUCUUUCCCGGAUGCCAACUGAUCACGGCCGCCAGUCAGGGGCACGGCGGGUCCUCGGAAGUUGAGGAGGCUGCUUCUGGCUGGCUCCUUGGGUCCCUGUGCCCGCCUGCUCACCCCAAAGCACAGCCUGGUCGCAGGGCACUGGUGGCGGAGCAGCCCGCAGUCUGGGGAGCGCCUCUGCCCCCUCUCGGGGCUCCACCCCGACGGAGGGCCAGGGGGGCUGAGCUUGCCUUCUGCCUGCAGGCCGG